GUUAGACAAGUCUGUAGAGGACAAGUAGCUAUCUAACAAAAAGCUUUCAACUGUUGCUUAACGCCAACCCUACUCUUGCCCUCUCCUGUCCGUCACAAAUUGAAAUUAUUCCAUUUCUCUCUCGUCUCUCUUUCAGCCUCUUAAAUCCUCCCUCCCUCCUCCUGGGAUUUUCCUCUCCCAUGGAUUCCCACUCCUUAUCAUCAUCCGACGGUGGUCGGAGUACUUGUUGCGCCUCGCCGCCCUCCCCAUCCGUCCGUCGUGCGUUGGAACUAAUCCAAUCGGACGACCACGCUUUCAAGCUCCAGGGUGCCCAGGAAAUUCGACGCCUCACCAAAACCUCUCAGAGGUGUCGGCGCCAACUCUCCGACUCUGUGGGCCCACUCGUCUCCAUGCUCCGAGUUCACGACUCCCCCGACUUUCAUGAGUCCGCCCUCCUCGCCCUCCUCAACCUCGCCGUCAAGGAUGACACGAACAAAAUAAAGAUUGUGGAAGCUGGUGCUUUAGAACCGAUAAUUACUUUCCUUCAGUCAGAAAAUUCCAAUCUGCAGGAGUAUGCAACUGCAUCUCUACUCACCUUAUCAGCUUCUGCCUCUAACAAGCCAGUCAUAAGUGCCUGCGGUGCCAUUCCUCUUCUUGUUGAAAUCCUUAGAGAUGGAAGCCCACAAGCCAAAGUUGAUUCUGUUAUGGCUCUUUCCAAUCUCUCAACCCAUGCAAUUAACCUUAGCAUCAUUCUUGAAGCGAAACCAGUCCCUUGUAUAGUUACUCUGUUAAAAACCUGCAAAAAAUCUUCAAAGACAGCUGAAAAAUGCUGUGCUCUAAUAGAAUCUUUAAUGGGCUUUGAUGAGGGUAGAACUGCCUUGACAUCCGAAGAAGGUGGAGUGCUUGCAGUUAUUGAGGUGCUUGAAAGUGGAUCACUUCAAAGUCGAGAGCAUGCUGUUGGUGCUCUACUAACAAUGUGUCAAAGUGACAGAUGCAAAUAUAGAGAAGCACUUCUUAAAGAAGGGGUAAUCCCUGGACUUCUUGAGCUCACUGUUCAAGGAACAGCCAAGUCUCAGUCAAAAGCACAGACACUUUUGCGAUUACUGAGGGAGUCCCCAUACCCACGAUCUGAGCUUGAACCGGACACACUCGAGAAUAUUGUGUCCAACAUUAUCUCUCAGAUUGAUGGUGAGGAUCAGUCAGGCAAAGCAAAGAAGAUGCUAGCUGAGAUGGUUCAAGUUAGCAUGGAACAGAGCUUGAGACAUUUACAGCAAAGGGCUCUGGUAUGCACACCAACUGAUCUCCCUAUCAAUAGUUGUACCUCUGAGGUUCCUUUAAAAUGACUAUUUUGGUUGAUCAGUUUAUAUUUGUUAGAUGUGGUACUGUAAAACACAGUGCACCAGAGAAACAAAAAAACAAAAAAAAAAAGAAGGAAAAAAAGCAAGAAAGAAUGAUGUGGUAAAGAUGAUGCCAGUCCAGGCCAUUGUUGUGAUGUCGGGUGAUUGGUAAGUUCAAUAAACUGGAACCAUGUAUGAAGUUGAUAAGCCGUUCUUAGUUGAUCUGUAAAGAAAAUGUUUUAUUUAAUAAUGUAAUUUCUUAGGGGAGCGCUGUGGGAUACAAUAGUGUAACAGGAAAAAAAAUUAUAUAGUUGAAAUGAAGCCAGUCCAGGCUGUUGUGUUAUGUCGGGCGACUGGUAGCUGUCAAUAAACUGGAGAAUGUAUGAGGAGGAAUUUUAUUAGUUGGUUUGUAAAGAAACUGUUGUACUAAAUAUUACAAUAUAAUGAAAGUUUUUUUUAUCUCUA